UCACCUCUUCUAUAUAAACAGUAAAACACCUUUCUCCCUAAGUAAAACACCUUUCUCUCUCAUCCCCAAACCAUGGCCGUCGCUCUCUCACUCCUCAUCUUCUCUCUCAUCUCCGCCUCCCUCCCCGCCCCCUCUCUCGCCGCCACCGCCAUCACCAGAGACCACAUCGCCUGCACAAUGUGCUCAUCCUGCGACAAUCCCUGCCAACCGAUCUUCUCUCCUCCGCCUCCGGAGCCAGUCCUCUCCCCUCCACCGCCGGAGCCGGUCCCCUCCCCUCCGCCACCUUCUCCGCCGCCGCCAUAUGGUGUCAAUUGUCCCCCUCCGCCUUCGCCGCCCUGCGACGGAGGCUGCGGAGGCGUCUACUACUAUCCGCCGCCUCCACCUUCCGGCGGCGGCACGUACUAUCCACCGCCAAACCCUAGCUCCACCGAUUACCCCACUCCGACGCCGCCGAAUCCAAUUAUGCCGUAUUUCCCCUUCUAUUACUACAAUCCGCCGCCGUCGAACCCCCACACUGACGAUUUCAAUUCCGCUCAAUCCACAACUCACUCCAAAUUUCCGCCUCUUCUCAUCGCAAUUUCACUCCUUUUACUCCUUUAAUUUCAGAAUAGCAACAGCGAAACCAAGUAUACUAUAAACAGCAACUCCUUAAUUCAAUUCUCACGGAUUUACCUUUUCCUUUUCCUCCUUUUGCAAAUUGCGAAGAUUUUCAGGUCAAUGCGGAUGAGUAUCGGAGCUGCGGCGGAGGGAAUUCAUCUUCAUAUAAUGAAGUUGCAGAUUAAUUAUUCAGUGUAAUUUUUCUAUAGCUGUUGAUUAUUAUUGGUAGAAUAAGGCGUAUGUAAAUUGAAGUGUUACGCUAUAGCUAAAUUAUUUGCCAAAAAUAAUAUAAUCACCAAUAAUUGUAAGACGUAGCUUUAAUUUUGCAAAAAAGUAAUGGUACUUUUCAUCGUCAUCAGCAAUUCCAACUGUAAUUACAAUGACUAUUUUCGUUGCGAUGAAGAUCUGUCAUUUGUA